CAUCGAUUUUCACCACUGGAGCAGAAAGAAACAGCAGCUGGACGAUUGAAACAGUUCAAAUGAUGAGAACGUAUACAAAACGCUUAUAUUCGCCGCGCUAGUCAAUUCGCCGCACACACACACACACAUACAUACACACACUCAAACAGAGACACAUGCGUAGCAGCAGGAAAAUUUCUGCCUCAUUCGUGGUCCUGUAACGACGUGUACAACAGAGCGACAGCAAAUUCUAACGAGGCACACAGGAAAAAAGGUGAAAAUCAGUUGAGAAAAAAGAAAAAAAAAAAAAAAUAGAAGAAACACUUUACCUGACGCCUGCAACUAAAUGAAUAAUUCACUUGUAUCGGGCGAGACGAACGCGCGUAAAACGCUGAAUAAUUGAUUGAAUAAUCGCAGUCGUAAACAAAAAAGCGCAAAAAUUUCUAACAGCAGGCAGCAGGCAGUGGUAACUCGAGCCCAGUGCCAAGGCUAAAUUUUACCCGUGCUGCACGCCACAGACCCCAAAGCCAAUACCACAAAAAAAAAAAAAAAAACGAAAAUUACAAAAGAAAAAGCAGAAAUUAGAGCGAAAAAGCAAACUCGCAGUCGCAAUAUCGAUUUGUGUAUAUGUGUGAAAAAUAACAGAAAAGCGCUUACACCCACGCACACACAAGCACACGCAUACGUCAACAAAUAUCAACAACAACAACCGCAGCAGCAGCGACAGCAGUUGGUCAGAAGGAACAGUCGCAGCACUUAAGGAAUUACCCCAGGAUCCGCAGGCAUCCGGCGCAAUACGAGCCCUCUCCCACACACACACACACACACACACACACAUCCUUACACAUACAGCCAGCAGCAGCUGCAACAACAAAGAUAGAAGGAGACAGAGUGAGGAAAGAAUAACCGCAAGAACCUCAAGACUAAGUCACACAACCAGCACGCAAUUAUGGCAGGCGGCGGGGAUCCCAAGUGGCAGAAGGAUGCGGCCGAUCAGAAUUUCGACUACAUGUUCAAGCUCCUCAUCAUCGGCAACUCCAGUGUGGGCAAGACAAGUUUUCUCUUUCGCUACGCGGACGAUAGCUUCACAUCGGCGUUUGUCUCCACCGUGGGCAUUGACUUCAAGGUGAAGACCGUCUUCCGCCACGACAAGCGCGUCAAGCUGCAGAUUUGGGAUACGGCUGGGCAGGAGCGUUACCGCACCAUAACCACAGCCUACUACCGCGGCGCCAUGGGUUUCAUUCUGAUGUAUGAUGUCACCAACGAGGACAGCUUCAACUCUGUGCAGGACUGGGUGACACAAAUCAAGACGUACUCGUGGGACAACGCUCAGGUCAUAUUGGUGGGCAACAAAUGCGACAUGGAGGACCAGCGCGUGAUAAGCUUCGAGCGCGGUCGUCAAUUGGCCGAUCAGCUGGGCGUUGAGUUCUUUGAGACGUCGGCCAAGGAGAAUGUGAAUGUUAAGGCUGUCUUCGAGCGUCUGGUGGAUAUUAUAUGCGACAAGAUGUCCGAGAGCUUAGAUGCAGAUCCAACGUUAGUCGGCGGCAACCAGAAGGGACAGCGCUUGACGGAUCAGCCGCAGGGCACGCCCAAUGCCAAUUGUAAUUGUUAAACGGAGACAAUUAGUCGAAUGUUAUAGACAAAAAACAAAAUGAAGUAACUAACUAGCCUACACACACAUAGACACCCACACACACACACCUAUACACGCAGUACAGUUACAAUUUGAACAAAAAAAGUUUGGGUAGCGCAGCAAAUGAGAUGCAAAAACUUAUAGAGGAAAUGAAUAGAAGAGUAACACCCAUAUAUAUAUAUCUAUAUAUGUAUAUACCAACAUAUAUAUUUACCAUUGAUUUGCAUGUAUUUGAACUAUAACAGUGUUUGCAGCAUAUUUGUUGAGAUUGUGUAUUUGAAAUGAGGAAGUUGAGGGGAGUUCGUUUUCAACGGAGAAAACCAAAUAAACAAGAAUUAACAUGUUUACAUACUUUCAAUGUGCUUACUGAGAAAUGUUGCUAAUUUGUCAAUGUGUUGUGUGUAAAGAAAACGAGUCGAUAAACGAUACCGAUAAACGAUAAUGAUAAUGUUAACGAUAACAAUAACUCAUGUCUAAGCGGCAUAGAAUUGGGCACUAAUUAAAUAUGCACAAUUUUGUGCUAUAUACAUAUAUAUAUAUAUAUA